CUCUAGACAAUUCCGGAGGCGGUCUUUCUAAAGAUCAGCUUGAAUCACUCUCUCUCACACACACAUUUUCCAUAUUUAUCAACAAAAUUAAUCAUAAUGAACAUCCUCUUGCUAGUAAACCUCACUUUCUUCUUGAUUUUCUCCUCUGUCAUGGUAGGCCAAUCUUCAUAUCCUCCGCUCAUUCUCUCACUACUCUCUCUCUUUCCUUCCUUGUUGCACUACUUUUUGGUCCCCGGUGGCUUUGCAUGGAAGAGCCACCACCAUGAAGGUCACCCGAAGCUCAAGGGACCACUCGGUUGGCCUAUUGUGGGAAGCAUACCUCAAAUGGCUUCUUCCCUAGCUCAUAGAAAGUUAGCUUCCUUGGCAACUUCACUUGGUGCAAAGAGCCUCAUGGUGCUUAGCCUCGGCCCGACUGCAGUGAUCGUCAGCAGCGACCCCAGCACCGCCAAGGAAAUCCUCCACCACUCGUCCUUCUCGGACCGCCCCGUGAAGGAGUCAGCCCGCUCACUCAUGUUCGAGCGGGCCAUUGGUUUUGCCCCCCCGGGGGCCUACUGGCGCCACCUCCGCCGUGUCGCAGCAAGCCACAUGUUCUCCCCGAGGAGGAUCGGCGGCCUUGCGGGUCUCCGGGAGCGAUUGGCCGAGGAAAUGUCCGCGAGGGUGUCGAGGGAGAUGGCGGAGAGAGGGUUUGUGGGACUGAGGGGGGUACUGCAAGGAGGUUCUCAGAGGAACAUGCUAGGGAGUGUGUUUGGGAGUGAGAUAGGGUCGGAGAGAGAGAUUUUGCUAAGCAAUAUGGUCAAGGAAGGGUAUGAGUUGAUAUCAAAAUUCAACUGGGAGGAUCAUAUCCCAGUAAGGUUCUUGGACUUCCAUGGCGUGAAGAGAAGGUGCCACGAGCUCGCCAUUAGGGUCAAGAGCUUGGUGGGUCAGAUUGUGGAAGAAAGGAGAAGAGGCGGGACCUUUCAUGGCGGCAAUGAUUUUCUCAGUGCCUUGCUAUCUUUGCCUCAAGAGGAGCGGCUGCGUGAUUCGGACAUGGUUGCUGUUUUGUGGGAGAUGAUAUUUCGUGGGACGGAUACAGUCGCUAUUCUUCUCGAGUGGAUCAUGGCGAGAAUGGUUCUGCACCCAGAGAUCCAAGCUAGAGCCCAGCAAGAGCUUGACAUGCAUGUCGAUCAAGACCGGCAUGUUCGAGACUCGGACAUCCUGAGCCUACCUUACCUCCAAGCCAUAGUGAAGGAAACCCUUCGAAUGCACCCACCAGGUCCGCUUCUCUCAUGGGCCCGCCUGGCUGUCCAUGACGUCCACGUGGGCAAGACCUUCAUCCCAGCUGGCACGAUGGCGAUGGUCAACAUGUGGGCCAUCACCCAUGACCCGGCCAUAUGGAAGGACCCGUGGGCCUUCAGGCCUGACCGGUUCAUCGAGGAGGACGUGUCGAUCAUGGGCUCGGACAUGAGGCUCGCUCCGUUUGGCUCGGGCAGGAGGGUGUGCCCCGGCAAGGCGAUGGGGUUGGCCGUGGUGCAGCUGUGGCUAGCGCGGUUUCUUCAUCGGUUCGAGUGGGUUCCGAUGAAACCUGUGGAUCUUUCGGAAUGCUUGAGACUGUCCUUAGAGAUGAGGAACCCGUUGUUUUGCCGUGCCAUCCCUCGUCUCGGAUCAGCCUCAAAUAUAUGAGAGCAAUGUCGGUGGUGAGAGAGAACGGACCAAAAUGUCAAAAUUAGUACUGAGAUGUACUGAUGUGGUAUUUCCAUGGCCCUUUUAACCUAAUUGUAAAUUAAUCAGUUUGACUAGUUAAGUUGAGAAAAAUAUUCUCAGAAUAUAUAGUUUGGUAAGCAGGAUUAUCCGGACAUAUUGCACGGAUGCAUCUCAGACCACACCAAGUCUCCAAAAUCAG